GCUAAUAUCUUUGUUAUAUUGCAAUUUCGUGUCACCACGCCGCCCGAAGCCUUUGGAGAAAUCAUAGCCAACGGCGAUAUGUAUAUACGAGGCCUCUCAUGAGUCAGCUUGCUUACCAGGAGGCGACGUGCCUAUGGCUGGAAGGAAACCUCACGGACUGUUUGGCGACACUUCAGAAGGCGGAAGCGGAGCUUAACUCUGAUGCAAAGGACCUAACGGCAAGUGCAUAUUCAUCUGCGACGCAUGAUGCAGCUCAGAUGCAGUUUCGGGCUGCCUACGGGGCGACUGCGGGGAAGCCAUCGAGUCAAUUCCAUCUUGCACUGCCCGCAGCUUGCCCACAACUCGCUCGUCGUCGAGCAUGUGACCGCCGCGACACCAGAUGUCGAAAGGACUGCAGCCCAGCUCGAGCUUAUCGAGAAUGAGCGCAUCGCCCUGGACGACGCCGCGACCGCUGCCUCCGACGUCAGCGCUGCGGCCUCGCGGCCGCGCUCCUCGGGGGUGGUGGAGGCGCUGCCGCUGGUGCCGGUGCGGGACGACCUGGCGGUGGUGCAGCUGAACCGGGCCGUGCUGCUGUACCAGCAGCAGCGCUACGCCGCCGCCACGGAGCUGCUGGAGCGGCUGGCGGGGGACGCCGAGGCGCUGGCGGAGGGCACGGCGGUGCGGGUCCUGACGCUGCUGCUGGACCUGUACAUAGAGGGCCGCCAGCUGCCGCGUGCCGUGGCGGCCCUGCACCGCCUGGAGCGCCUGCACGGCCCCAUCAGCGAGGCCUACGGCACCCCGGCACCCGUGGCGGCGGCAGGGGCGGCGGGAGCGGGGGUAGCGGCGGGGCCCGGGCCCGGCAGCAGCGGCAGUAGCGGCAGCAACAGCACGGCGGGGCCGGCAGUAGCAGGGGCAGUAGCAGGGGUGGCUGUGGCGGGCGGGCGGCCUCGUGAGCUGGCGCUGCCGCGUGUGUCGCGGUGGGGAAGCAGCGCCAUGGCCAGCUGCAAGGCGCUGCUGGACGGGCAGGGCCGGCCCCCCGCGGUGCCCGACCUCAAGCUGGUCAUCCGCCUGUACCGCAGCCGCCUGCACGCCCUGGCGCACAACACACGCGCAGCCAAGCGGGAGCUCAAGGCAGUGAUGAGCGCGGUGGGCGGACUGGGCGGCUUUGGCCUGCCGCCGCCGCCGCCGCCACUGCAGCCACCGCCCGGCAGCGGCAGCGUCGGCGGCUCCGCGUCAACGGCAUCUGGGACGGGGACAGGGACAGGGAUAGGGGCAGAAUGCUCCGGGGCCGGGCCUGGGGCCGGGUCUGGGGUCGGGCCGGCGUGUGGCGUGCGGCCGGGCGGCGCGGCGGCGUGUGCGCUGCUGGCGGCGGUGGCGGCCCAGCUGGACCUGUACCGGGGGCGAGUGCGCAAGGCGGGCAAGCGGCUGGCUGCGAUGAUGGCACAGCAGGAGUCGGCACCGGUGCCCCAACAAGCACAGCAGCAGGCGCAGCUGCAGGCGCAGGCGCAGGCUCAGCAGCAGCUGCAGGCUGCGGCGCUGCGGCCGCUGCUGCUGAACAACCUGGGGCUGGUGCAGCAGGCGCAGGGCAAACACACACUGGCGCUGCUGUACCUGUCGCAGGCACUGGCGGCGUCUCAGCCGCCCUGCGCCUCACAGCCAUCGGCGGCGGCGGCGGGUGCGGCAGUAGCAGUGGCGGUGCCGGCAGUAGCAGUGGCGGUGCCGGCAGUAGCAGUGGCGGUGCCGGCGCCGGCUGUGCAAUACAACGCGGGGCUACAGCACCUGCUGCUGCACAACUACGGCGCGGCGCGGACGUGCUUCCAACACGCGGCGGCGCACUACGCCGACACGCCACUGCUGUGGCUUCGAAAGGCAGAGGCGGCUCUCGGCCUAUACCGCCAGCAGCAACAACAGCAGCAGCAGCAACAGCAGGAGGCCGCUGCUAAUGCUACUGCCGACACGGGUGCCGCCACAGUUGCUGCUACAGCCGACUGUCGCGAGGCGGCUGAGUUGCUGAGCGAGGCGGUGGUGGCGCUGCAGGCGGCGCUGCAGCAGCUGGAUGCACAGCAGGAGGCGCACGAGCAGUGGCAGAGCAGCAGUAGCAGCAAGCUGGAGCAGGGGCUGGCGCUGGCAACCGGCUCCUCCGGCCUGGCGGGUGUGCUGGGCGGCGGCGGCAGUAGCAGCAGCCAUCACAGCGGCAGCAGUAGCAACGGCGCUGCUGCGGCCUCGGCCGUCCACGGCACAGGCGCCGACGGCGGCGCUGGCGCGGGUUCAAUGGACCUGUUCCUGCCGCUGCCGCCGCAGCUGCCUGGCAGCGCCGGCCAGCACCCCUCUUCAUCGUCUUCGUCAUCCCUCAGCGCGCAUUCCACCACCCCCGCCCACGACCACAACAGCACCAGCGCCAGCACCGCCGCGCAGCCGUCGCAGCCGCACCCACACACGCCGCAGCCCGAGCACCAGCACCCCCUGCAGCACCCCCACGGCGCAGACGAGGGCGGCGGCUCAGGGCUGAGCUUGGGGCUGGGGUUGGGCUCGCAGCAGCACGGCGCAGGAGGGACAGGGGCAGUAGCAGCGGCAGUAGCAGGGACAGGGGCAGUAGCAGGGGCAGGGGCAGCAGCAGGGGGAGGCGGGCUGUCGCAGCACGGCGGACCCCGCCACCUCGCCAACGGCCACAACGACCCGCCACACGGCACAGACGCCAGCGCCGCGCUGUCCGAGGAGCUGGCGGUGGUGCGUCGCGCCGUGCUGGCCGCCCUGGCCUACGCCCACCUGCAGGCCGAGGACUGGACCGCAGCAGUCGCCGCCGCACAGGCGCUGCUGCACGCGACCGCAACAACCACUGCAACAGCGGCAGCAAUAGCGACAGCAGCCGCAGCCGCGGCAGCGCCUGCGGCAGCGGCAGCGGCAGCUGGUGCCGCCGCCGCGCCUGGCGGCGCGGUGGACGGCAGCAAUGCGGCGGCUGCGCCGCCGCUCCCGAGCAGCAGCACCGGCGCCGCGGCUGCUACUGCUGGCGCUGCUGCUGCUGCUGGUGGUGGUGCUACUGCCGCGGCUGCUACUGCCGGCGCGGCGGAGUACAACUUCCUGGGGCACUGCUACGCGGCCGAGGCGCUGUGCCGGCUGGGCCGCCCGGGGGAUGCGGUGGAGCUGCUGUCGCUGUGGCUCAUGGUGGCGCAGCAGGAGCAGGAGAAGGCGCAGCAGCAGGGGCAGCAGCAGCAGCAGGGGCAACCGCAGGGGCAACCGCAGGGGCAGCAGCAGGGGCAGCAGCAGGGGCAGGGACAACCGCAGGGGCAGCAGCAGGAGGGCAGGCAGGAGCAGGAGCAGGGGCAGGCCACCGCGGCUGGAGGGGCGGGAGGGGAGGUGUACGUGUUGGGCAAUGCGGCCGCGCUGGCGGCGCUGGCGGGUCCGGCGGCCCUGGCGGCCUCCUACACGAACCUGGGGGCGGUGUUUGCCAGCCAGGGCGAGAUGGGGCAGGCUGCGGCGCUGGUCCGGCAGGCUCUGGCGCUGCAGCCCGCCAGCCGCCGCGCCCAGCUACUGGCCGUGUACUGCCAGCUGCAGCUCGGCGACGUAGGCGGAGCACUGGCGCUGCUGCGGAGGGCCGCCGCCGCCACCGCCUCGGCCGCAGGCGCCGCCGCCGCCGCAGCGGCAGCCUCGUCGUCGUGCUAGGGCCGCUGCGUUGUUGCCGGGGCAGCGUGGUCUCUUGCGCUUGCUGUGGCGGCGGCGGCGGCGGCGGCUGCAGGGGAGCUCUCAGCGCUGGUUGAGUGUAGAGCGGCUGUUUGCCGCUUCAGGUGUAGCAAUGUGGUAGUAGCAGGCAGGGGCAAGAAUUAAAGUGCGGAAGUGGGGCAGGCAGUGGGGCAGGCAGUGCAGAGGUGCUCGGAGAUGCGGCCGUGCACGCGGCCAUGGUGCGGAGCGGGGACCCAUCUCACCGUAACCAGCAAUCGUGUGAAACCCUAACCAGUUAUCACUGUGUACAGUGGGAUGCUUUGGCUUGGACCGGACUGGUGUGUUUGUGCUGUGACAACGUGGUGGCAAGCGCAAUGCGAGCGCGAGUGCGGUGACAGAGUGGACAGGGAGUUAGGAAAUGCCCCCGAGCUGCGGCCCCGCUACGUGCUACGCGGUUCAAGCUUCACGUGGAAACAGAUCAGUGGGGUCCGGGGAGCAUCCCUUGCGUGCGGUCAACUUGUAAAGCUCAAGAUGC